AUGUUCACAGGUAUAGAAAAAAAUUGGAAAUGUAACAGAAGAUUAGAUCUAAUUGAGCAACAAAGGUCAAAGGUCAGACCAAGAAAUCUACAGGAUGUACAAAAUAAGAAUGGAAUAUCAUCUGAUCUCGUAAAUGAUAUGCCAACUAGAUAUACACGGACGACGCAGCAGCAGACAUGGGAUUCGGAAGCGAUGGAAAAAGCUAUUAGAGCUGUACGAAAUGGGGAAAUGGGCUUUCUUAAAGCUAGCACAGUCUUCGGUGUUCCCCGAUCAACGCUUAAACGGCGUGUACAAGGAAAAAACAAACAUGCUGUUGAAAAUGUUAAAAUACUGGGGUCACGACGUCCAAUUUUUAGUCCGGUACAAGAGGCACAAUUAGUACAACACAUUUUGGAACUUGAGAAUCGUUUCUACGGAUUAACAUUGCGGGAUGUAAGGAAAUUAGCCUUUCAACUAGCUGAACGCAACAAUAUAAAACACAACUUCAAUAAAGACACUCAAAUGGCUGGAAAAGCAUGGGCUUCUGAUUUUAGAAAGCGUCAUCCAGAACUGACACUGAGAAGCCCAGAAGCAACUUCUCUUGCCCGAGCACAAGGUUUCAACAAAGUAAGUGUCACGAAAUAUUUUGACCUUCUAGAAGAAGUAAGGUCUAAAACAAACUAUCCACCUCAUCGCAUUUUCAAUGUGGAUGAGUCUGGUUUCACCACUGUGCAGAGCAAGAGUUCUAAGGUACUUGCGAAAAAGGGAAAGAAGCAGGUGGGUACCAUCACCUCUGCAGAACGAGGUGUAUUAAGCACCGUUGUAAUUUGCAUGGCCGCUGGCGGUAACUUCAUUCCACCUUUUAUUAUCUUUCCCCGGAGGAGAAUGAAGGUUGAACUUCAAGAUGGGGCACCGCCAGGAACUGGUUUUGCGUGUCAUUCGUCAGGGUGGAUGCAGUUGGACAUUUUUACGGCAUGGUUUAAGCAUUUUCUUAAAUUUGCCAAGCCGACUGAAGAUGAUCCAGCACUGCUAAUUUUGGAUGGACACAAUUCACAUACCAAGAAUUUGGAUUUCAUUGAUAUGGCACGAAGAAAUCACACGACCGUCUUGUGUCUGCCUCCACACUGCAGUCAUAGACUGCAACCUUUGGACGUGUCUUUUAUGGGUCCUUUGAAUAAGUAUUACAUCCGUGCAGUUGAGAAGUAUCUUCGCAAUAACCCAGGAAGAGCCUUGACUGUGUUCCAAUUCAGCAAACUUUUUGGCGAAGCAUACAGCGAGGCAGCACAACAAUCCAUUGCAAUCAAUGGAUUUCGUAAAUGUGGGGUAGAACCAAUGGAUCGCCACGAACUACAACAAAAUGAAGCUAAUAAUGAGAAUGAGACACCUGAAAGAGUAGAGUCUCCAUCUAUUCUACAAGUUACGCCACCAACAUUGGAUCAGGAAGAAAAUAUUAAUGUAACGCUACCAGUUACUUCGCCAAUAUUGAACCCUUACAUAGACCUACAACCCAGCACAUCCUUCGCGGUAGCGCCUGAAGACUUAUUUCCGAUUCCCAAAGCAUUGGCUAAAAUUAGAAAAAUAAAUAGAAACGAAGAAAAAACACAGCAACAACAAAAAAAAGAACUGAAGAGAGUGACUAAAGCUAUUUUUGAACCAACUAAAACUGGGAAAAAACUUAAAGCUGAAACCAACGUUAAAAAACGUGGUAAAAAUACAAACAAUGCUAAAAUUAAGAAAAGAGACGAUACUGAUGAUGAGGCCGAUGAUGACCCUGAAUGCUUUUACUGUGGGGAAGUUUGGUCUAAAUCAAAACAUGAAGAUGGCUGGAUACAGUGCUCUAGCUGCAAGCGAUGGGCCCAUGAAGCAUGCUCGGGUUGUGAUGACGCCGAUGAUGUCUUUCAUUGCGAAUUCUGUUCUAGGCCACUUUACCCGAUUAUGAAUUUGUAUGGGCCAAUUUACCCGACCAGGAUAGGUCGUUUGGUAGAUAAUUGUACCUAUAAGGAGAUUGCACUUAAUGUGAAAGAUCUUUUACGGAAAAGCACAGAAAAGAUUGUGUUUCACUGGAGAAAAGCGAGCGAAGGAUACAAAUCGGGAUGA